UAAGUCUCUCUGGCUCAGGCUCUCUCGGUCAGAGUCUCCGUCGACAAAACCGCAACCACCUCCAGCCUCAACAAACCUUCGCCCAUCCAACAGCUCUCUCUCUCCCGAGAUCUCGACAUCCAUGGCUAGAGGCUCGUCCCAGUCCCAAACCUCGUCCUCCGCCGGCUCCCGCCCGGGCGUGAUGGCCCCCCGCGGCUCCGCCGCCGCGACUGCCGGCAUGCGCCGCCGGAGGCUCGGGGGAGGAGGAGGAGGAGGCGGAGGUGCUGCGGCCGGCUCCGGAGGCGGCCUCGGCGGCGGCAGCGGCGCAGGGAGCAACAUGCUGAGGUUCUACACCGACGACGCUCCCGGGCUCAAGAUCUCGCCGACGGUGGUGCUCGUCAUGAGCCUCUGCUUCAUCGGAUUCGUCACCGCCCUCCACGUCUUCGGCAAGCUCUACCGCUACAAAUCCGGCCCCGGCGCCUGAGCCCCAGGUCACGAUCGCGCCCCUCUUGAUAGAACACUGGUUAGCGAAAUCCGGAAACUCGAUUGCCAUGUUUAGCGAAAUUGACGAUGAUCAUGACGGUGGCUGGUCCUACUGUUAACUGAAAUGACAGGAACCCGGUUUUGUUCUUGUUAUCUGUUCUCUUCUGUAAAACUUUGCGGUAGAAUUUUGGUUGUUUCUGAGUCGCCUCGAGCUGAUCCGAUUGGUGUUUGAAAGAAAAAAAGAGGGGUCUUUCUAAGUGCAAUCAAUCCCAGCAACGGGUGAUCUGGUUCAGUU